CUCUAGUUGACAGUCGAUUUGAAUUAACGUGCAUCAUAACGAUAUUUUUAUACCAGUCAAUACUAUAUUUUCACACCUGUAAAUCUCAAAGAUUUGAAACUUUUUAAUUGUAAAACAUGGUGCGGACAAAGGCAGAUCGCGUACCAGGCAAAGUCGUUGGCGCCAAAGCACCAAGUAAAUCUGUGAAAAGUACUCCCACCAAAAAAUCAGUAAUAGUAAGCAGCAAAGGGAAGAAUUAUUCAGGUGGUAAUCCGUAUCAUCCAAGGGAGACACCUAACUGGCAGAAGCCAAUCACUUGUUUCCUGAACCAGGGUUCUUCAAAAGAGAUUACAGAUUCUUCAGAACCUCAGGGAACUGAAGAACAAACUAUUACACAAGAAGCAGGACCAUCAAAUUCCUAACAGUGUUAUACUAUCUCAUUGUUAUCUCUAAGUGCAGUUACUUAUUCUUUAUGAGUAGUACUCAGACAAUUAAUUUAUGUUUUUACCAUUAUAUAACAAAACUUUUAAGUUUGCAGAUAUAUUACACAGAGUAACAAAAAUAAAUAUGAUAGGCUUCUAAGUUUCCAAU